AUGACCGAUGCAGACGUAAGACCGCCGUCUGCAUGGCGCCAGAUGCCGCAUGCCCUGGCUGCUCUCGCAUUUGCCGGGCCUUCGGCGGUUUCAUGGGCCUCUGCCGGGGUCAGACGCUGGCGCCCACUGAGCCGCCGAAAGUGCGCUGCUACAGAGGAGGCCUUUAAGCGGAGGACCCUUCGAGGCCAGAUAGCUCUUCUUGGCUGCGGCUUCUUGACGUGGGCGCUCUGCGGCGUGGCAAACGAAGGCGUUGGCCUUCUGCUUCCUCAGCUGAUGCGGGACUUCCCCAUCAGCCCGGGCCAAUCUGGUCUCGUCGCCACCACUUUCACAGUGGGCAAUGCCCUGGGGCUGGCAUUCGGCGGGGUGCUGGCAGAACGACAGGGCCGCCGUGACUUGGCACGCUUGGGGCUGCUUGCGGUAGCCGUGGCUGCCAGCCUCAUCCUCAGCGCGACAAGUUUUUCAUUUCUCCUUGCUGCUCGCGCACUUCUGGGCGUUGGUGCCGGGCUCCUUGCUGUGGCCGUGCCCGCGCUGCUGACCGAGAGCCUACCUCGCGAGAAUCUCGAGGCCAACCUGUCGGCCUACCCGUGCGGCUGGCCCUUGGGGGCAGUGGUCGUUAUCCUACUCGCCGGACUGGCGUGGCGUCAAUCCCUAGCGCUGCCAUUGGGCUUCUGCGCGCUGCUUCUACCACUGCUGCUGUGGCUGCCGGAGUCGCCGCAGUAUCUGCAACUGAAGGGGCGCGUGGAGGAGGCACGGGAAGCCCGGCGGAAGCUCAGCGGACGCUCGGAGGCCAUCGAGGAGCAGUCGGGCACCGCCAAAGAGUCUUGCGGCAAUGUCAGCUUCGCCAGGAUGGCGGCGACUUUGAUGUGCCGCCACGCAGCGUCCGUUCUCGUAAAGAUCUGGCUCCCAGUUUGGCUGGUGAGCCAGGGUUCGGCGACCAGUGCCAUGCUCUUAAUGUACUCCUUGGAGGCCGUUGGGAUCUUCGUGACGAGCCGUGUCCUCGCAGGGGCGGACGAGGCUGCAGAUGCCAUGGCGCGAGGGGCCAGGCUCAGUCUGGCCGCAGGCUGCCUGGCCACCUUGGGCUGUUUGGGCUGCAGAGGCCAUGCGCUGCUAGCCGGUGUCUUGGGUGCCGCGCACCUCAUUGCGCAGGCGAACUCGUGCAACCUUCUGCUGGCCUUCGCCAGCUGUUCCGCUGAGACCGCCGACCGCGCCCGCACGUUGGCGCGGCUCAACCUCCUGAGUUUCCUCAGCGGAAGUAUUGUGCCAUCAGCCGUUGGUCUCACCGUGACCGUCCAGGCGGGCAGCUUCCACGGCGUGGGCUGCCUCCUUUGCAUAGCUUCUGCAUUGUACGCGCUGGGAGCAGCGAUUGCUCCACGCGCGGCUAGCCGGUGA